AAUAUCACUACUUCAUCUGCAAAGUAUGGAAGUUCGAGACAAGAAAUCCAAAAUCGCAAAAAGAAACUAAACUGUACAGAUCUCUUUCAUGGCUUGGCUGCCGACCUCUGGAAACGCAUGGCUAUCGAACUCUGAGUAUCCAACGCAAUAGAGAAAUUGAUUGCCAUUUGACAACUUGACCAUAGGCCCAUCUGAAAUCCCUGGAGAACGCAAUUGUAAGCCUGGAACAUGCCGAAGACGCUGCGGGGCCUCUUUUGCGAAUUCGCCAUUCUUGUAUUCCUGAAUCUGCUGGACCUUGGAACCGACAUUGCGGUGUACUCAGAGGCACAGAUAUCACGUGACCGAUACAAAGCACUCAUCAAGAAGGAUGGCUACCUUUCUAAUUACACAAAAGGAUACCAAUUCUGCACCAAUUCUGCAUGGGACAAACGAGAUUACCAAGAUAAAAUCGAUAGCUUCGGGCGUGUUGUUGAUACCUAUCUGUUCUUUCUGUUCCUGUCUGCAGCGAUACUCGUCUGCUACAUAGUCGCCUUCGUUUGGUUUAUCAUCAAGUGCAAAAACGAGCAGCAUUAUCUUAUUGAGAAUCCAGAAAAGCUGGCAGAUAUCAAGUUCACAUUCGGAGCCCUGCUGAGCUUUGCCUUAAACGUCCCCGGUGCCUCAAUUGCUGUUUACCUUUAUUCCGAAAGAUGGGGCGCUAUGGGCUUCUUGUGCUGGGAAUGUGCCCAAGACCCAACAUGCAACGACAAGCGAGUAUUCGCAAAGCGCACAUACGUCGUUAUUGCCGCGCUUGCGUUCAAUUUUCUUGGCCUAACGAUCAUCAGCUUGUGGAAAGGCAUUACAACGUUUUACAGAUGGAGCAAAACAGACAAGGUCGAUUGCUGGCCCGUACGUGGCUGUGUGUCGUUAUUCGUCGGCUGUAUCUACACCGUCAUCAUGCUGACGCCAUCUUUAGGUGUCUUCAAAUACAAGUUCUUCAUGAUGCCGUCACAGAAAGGAAAUGUCUUCGCAGAGUUCACAGAUAGCCUGUUUAUGAUUGGUUUGCUUGGCUGGGUGAUCCUGAUGGUAGUUGGCUGUUGUUUUCCAUUGCUCAGAAUGAUCCGCAUUGGACCAAUUAAUAACCCGGACCGAAAAGGCUAUGGUGGCAUACCUUUAUAGGUUACUCGGGCCUUUUGCAACUGUUGUGAGUUGUGCUGGUUACUUUAUAGUAUACACAGGUAUGAACAUUUAGCUGGAACAAGAUAUAUACUUGGUAGACAAAUUAGAACAGUAAUACAAAAUUAGGCACGACAACUAGCAGGAAUUAGCUAAGGUUUGCUCAAUUCUUAACGCUGUCAAACUCGGUAUUUCUGUUCCUUACUUUUUAGCAGAAGAUUUAACCUAAAUCAGCUAGCAUGGAAUUCAGUUACAGGCCUCUCUUACUCCGAUAACUAGCUGUAGAAAGAGCAGUCAAGACCACUUAUAGAGGGGCAGAGGAGACAAUCGCCUGCGUCCCACUGCCAAAAGUGGAGCCAUAAAAAUGCUAAGAGAAUUCUCCUACGACCAUUUCAUCUGGGGUCGAAUAUUUUAGCGCAAUACACGAACUCUUCUCAUUUUCCCUUUUCAAGCCCCAUGCAUGCACAGGCGGUCCAAAAGAUAUUUAUUCAUAGGCUGUCCAAAAACGCAAGUUGUGCCAAAACUGCCCCAGAGCCAACCGUGGCUCUCAGCGCGCCGUGGUUUAAUGCAGUAAAAAGAACACGAUGGGUCUGCGCAAAAAAUAAUUGAAAAUAGAACGAGAAAGCGGAAAAUUAACAUCUAAAGUACAAUUGGUUCAACAGCCUUCAGAGUAUAAACAUCUGAUAAUUUCAAAAGUUAUCAAAAAAAUACAAAAUAUUGCAAGAAGUCGAAAAUUGGCCACUUUUAAACAUUAACUAAAAGACUUACCAACGAAACACAAACCUCCAGCCACUAGGACUUUUGUAUCCAUGCUUUUUAGAACGUGUUACCGUGCUUGCGAAGACAAUCAUAAACGAAUCACUGUCACCUUCUGUUUCUGCUGACAAUGAGCUCUCAAGCGGAGUUGUUGAGACUUUCUAAGAAGUAACUUCAAACCUUCGUCGUUGUGUGAAUUCCUCUGCAAAUUACGAUAGAAUGAAAAGAAACUCCCCCGCAUCGGUAACGCAAUAAUUGUUUUUUUUUCAAAUUUCGCUGAAAAAAGUAAAAAGGAAUUAUCUUCAUUUACCUUGAGUUAUUUAUUGAAUCAUUUAUUAUAUGUAUUGUGCAUUAUAAUUUAUUUAUUCAUAUUUCAAGACCUACCAAAGAAAGGCUGUUUACGUUUGUUUAUAGUUUGACUGUAAAGGAUAGCAAUCGAGUACUUGAAGGCAGAAUGACUGGCUUCAGAGGUGUACGAGCAGUUGUGCAAAGACACGACAGCUUCCAGACUGGUGUAUUCGUUGUAUUGAAUUUGUCUCUACCUAGCAUCCAAGGAUAGUUUUUGGACACCGAAAACCUAUGCUUAUUGAGCAGUGUCCUGGUCCUUCCACUCAAUGUGACCACACCUCGUAAUUCCUAUGCCUGAAAUUGCAAAGAGCUGGUGACCCUCCUCACUCUAGGUGAAGGUCAUGUCAGGGGAUCGAGCCCCAUACCCUUAGAUCUGAAAAUUCGCGAUGCUAAUCAAUGAGCCAUCUUGAAAUUUGCAUUAACGAAUAGGCAUCCGGGCCUGCGUCAGGCAUUUCACCUUUGGAGUGAUGCCCGAAAGUGGGAUGAUGGUAGUUUUGGCCAAAAAGGCAUUUACCAUGUAGGAAAUUUAAGGCAUUCCUACUACUGAAAUCAGAUUGUAGCAUAGGAGACCUUAAUGGAGUCAUCAACAUACAGUGAUGUCAUCAAUGUAUAAACAAGCAGUUUCAAGGCCCAUUUCCACUUCGUUCGGAUUUCGGAUUUCGGAUUUCGGAUUUCGGAUUUCGGAUUUCGGAUUUUGGAUUUCGCAUCCAAUCUCCGAUUUCCAAACGACGAACGUUUUUUCGACUCCAAUCCACACUUCCACAACAUUCGGACCAAUCUUUUGUAAAGGAGUCCAAAAAUUGACAAUUUUGGUGCUCUUUUCAAUUGUUGUUUAUCGAAAUCGAAAAUGGCUGCUUUUAAUCGACGAAGAUUGUUGAUUUUGAUGCUGAUGAGAAGAAGACAGCUGAGAAGAAAAGACAAAUACCGUAAGAGAUUUUGGUUACGACCAAUCCUUCAACAGAGGAAACAACAAGGAGAGUAUUUCAACUUGGUGAGAAAAAUGCAAUUGGCAGAUCACGAGAGUUUUUUUAAAUAUUUCCAUAUGUCUCCACGCUUGUUUGAGAAUUUGCUGCGUUUGGUUGCUCCUAUGAUCUUGAAGUCUGAUCAAAAGAGAGAAGACGCCAUCUUUGAAUCUGUGUGCACAGAAGUGGUGGUCGUCUAGAAAUGCAGUGUUCUGAUUGGCUAGCGAUAUCCGGCACCUUUCUGUUCGCAAUGCGAAUUCGGAUGAAAACAAAACGCGUCAAAUUCGGAUGCGAACGUUCGGAUGUGAUUUGCAUACGUUCGGAUGCGAACUGCAGACAAUGAGUUCGCAUCUGAAAUCCGAACGAAGUGGAAAUGGGCCUUCAGAAUGCCAGCACUGUUCGGAGAGAUAGCGUGAGAUAUGGGUGGUAAUCUAAUGAUUAACAGCCUACCUGUACACAAAUAUAUAGAUGAUAUUCCAGGGAAGCAAAUAGCAUUGCCGAUAUUGAUUAUCCAAGAGCAAAAGGGCGCUGAUUUCACUAAGUAGAAAAUUGUAUUAAAUGGAUAAGGUUUUCUUAUCAGGCCCACGGAAGAUCUUUUCGCCAAAAAAUAAAACAAAAGAAUGAUGACGUCAAUAUUAUCAAAACCAUUGAUUAUACAAAUUAUGCGGCUAGACUAUUUAGAUUCUGAAUCUCUCAUUAUACAGACGUUAAAAACUGACUGCGAUAAAAUCAUAAAAGGCAAAUCACUUAAAUCCUAAGCAAAAGCGUCUUUAAGAAAACUUCCAGAUAAACAUAUUACUAUUUCAAGCAUAAAUUAAAUGAUCACAAUAAUUUACAACAAAACAUUAAUCACGCAAUUUCAUUGCUAAAAACUUUCUUCUUUAUGACGCAUGCGCCUGUAUCUGAAUCAUUCUCUCGUAACCUGAAAAUGGCAAAAUCGUGAACUUCCGUUUAUAAGCGCACGCGCUUUGCAGCGGGGUAAUAGGGUAAGUAAGCCCAAUGCACGCUUGAUAUUUUCUUUGCUAAACACAUGCCCACCUUGUUUAAUAUUCCAGAACCUGAAGACCAAUCGCACGAGAGAAAAUUCUUUGUCUCGCUUCACGCUUCAAAGUGUACGCUUCAAAAAAUCGUUGCUUGAUUGAUGAUGAAAAUUGUGCUGAAAUACCUAUAGAGCGCCUUAUAAAGCUUGGAACGAAAUACCUAUAGAAUUAAGGGAGAUCCCUCGCUCAAAUAAAAUAGAAGGCGUGUACUACAAAUAAGAAGGGCGUGGUCCCAGCCCCAAAAGAUCUGAGCUUUAGUCACAAAAAUCCUGGAUCCGCCCCUGCUAUAGAAUUAAGGGAGAUCCCUCGGUCAAAUAAAAAAGAAGGCGUGUACCACAAAUAAAAAGGGAGUGGUCCCAGCCUCAGCCUCUGCUAUAGAAUUAAGGGAGAUCCCUCGGUCAAAUAAAAUAGAAGGCGUGUACCACAUAUAAAAAGGGAGUGGUCCCAGCCUCAGCCCCUGCUAUAGAAUUAAGGGAGAUCCCCUCGUUCAAAUAAAAUAGAAGGCGUGUACCACAAAUAAAAAGGGAGUGGUCCCAGCCUCAGCCCCUGCUAUAGAAUUAAGGGAGAUCACCUCGUUCAAAUAAAAUAGAAGGCGUGUACCACAAAUAAAAAGGGAGUGGUCUCAGCCUCAGCCCCUGCUAUAGAAUUAAGGGAGAUCCCUCGCUCAAAUAUAAUAGAAGGCGUGUACCACAAAUAAAAAGGGAGUGGUCCCAGCCUCAGCCCCUGCUAUAGAAUUAAGGGAGAUCACCUCGUUCAAAUAAAAUAGAAGGCGUGUACCACAAAUAAAAAGGGAGUGGUCUCAGCCUCAGCCCCUGCUAUAGAAUUAAGGGAGAUCCCCUCGCUC